AUGUCUCUAGUUGAUGUUAUCGGAAAAAUUCAAGAUCUUAUUGAGCGAUUGCCUCUUGAUCAACCAAUGGAUGCCGAAGAUUAUAUGGUAAUUGAUUACAAUGUAACUGCUCGUGAAAUACCAACGGACGAAGAAAUCGUUUCAAUCGUAAAGAAUUGUGAGUCAAAUGAAUUGGAUGAUGGACAGUGCCGUUAUCCUAUGCACAAGCCAUUACAUUUGUUGACGGGUGCGAUU